AUGAAUCGUAUUCUACUCAUCGCCCUAUUGGCACUCAGUUGUGUCUCUUCUGUCACUGGUAACCAAAGAAAGUUUGUCCGUCUUGCUAGGUGCUUCAAUGAUACUGCGUACCCAACUUCAGGUGAUACACGUACCUGUCUCGGUAAUGUGAGUACCUGCUUCGAUGAUACUACAGUCGAGACUGUCAAGACCUGUAUCCAAGAUGGAAUCGCUGAAGCCCGAGCUAAUAAUGCCACUGAUGGUGACUCUCGAUUCUUGGCAGGGCACAGCGGAGGCGGUGGUAAUGGCAACGGAGGAAUGAACAAUGGCAACGGAGGAAUGAACAAUGGCAACGGCUUUGGAGCAGGAGGUGGCCUUGGAGGAUUUUCCAAUCGCACCGGCUUUGGAUCGAACGGUUUCCGUCCUCAAAAGAAAGAAAAACUUGGGAAGCUUGCCGGUAUUGUACGCGGUUGUCUCGAAGAGUACAAAGACUGUAUUAAGGAAGAAGUCCGAUCGUUCAUCAAGAACAAACUUCCAGCCUGUGUCAACACCACGGCAAUUGCUCUCGGUGAAUGCUACAAGACGAACGCUGAAACUUGUAGCGACUCGUGCUCAGAAGACGACAUUCCAGAUGAAAAUCCGUUUCAAGGAGUUGCAUCCUCUGGCAUCAAGUCGUGCAAUGGCUUUCAAAACGCAAUCAUGAACAAAGCAUGUGGUAUUGUGGACUGCUGUGAGGAAUGUGACGCCGAAUUCCAAGACCUGAUGACAUGUGUCGGCCAAGACCUCCUCAAGUUGAGACCUGAGCCUUGUGAAUUGACUUGUCCUGCCGAGAGUACUCGCCGUAGCCUUAUUGUUCUUGCCGCAGAACAACGAAAGCAAUAUGUCGCGCGCAAACUCGCAGGACAUUUGGCCACUGAACCCGACGCCGCCACUGUUGUGGAAGAGUGUGCUGUCUACUUGGAUACGGAAGAAGAAACUUUGACUUCGGAUGCUGUUACUGAAUUGCUUUUGGAUGGUGAAUUUAUUGGCUGCGUUGCAGAUGUUGCCAUUCUUGUUGCCGAAGAGCAGAAGGAAUUCGCCAUGGACCACAACGACGACAGCACGUCUUCCGGCAACAGUGUAUUGACUAUCUCAGGUCUUGCUGCUGCCUUGUUGAGCCUUGUUGGCUUCUUGGUGUAA